AUGUCCACAUUAGCAGCUGUCUCGCAGUCCGCGAAUAUGUCCGACCUUCUGCCCACCCACUUCGUCGGGACCACCAUGAACGCAGUGCAAAACGAUGAGGGGAAAUUCCGCGUCUACUUCCAAAACAAAGACUACCAGAUCUACGAAAUGUCGUUGAACGACCCGAAGAGCACGGCCUACACCCUGCUCAAACUCACGAACAGCAACAUUCCCGCUGCUCGUAUCAACACGCCCAUCGCAGCCGUGGCGAGUAACGACUUAGAAGAGAUCCGCGUUUUUUACAUCACCGUGGACAGCCGUGUGCAGGAGAUUUGUCACUCCAAGCGCCAUGGUUGGCAGAAAGGCGCGACCAUCGGCACCGCUGUUGAGAACAGCACCUGCUUGUAUGCGCAAGGCCGGUUCGUUCACAAUGAGACCCUGCUCAGGGUUGGGUUCCAGUCUGCAACCGCUCCACAGACCAUCACAGAAGGUUGCGCUACAAAAGACGAAUGGAAGAUCCGUGUACUCUAA